UUUACGGUGGCCGAGAGGUGCAAACCAAAUUUACAAAAUGUAAAACACUUUUACAAAGUUUAAGACAAAUUUACAUUUUGGAAAACAUUUUUACAUAUCACAAAACAAAAUUACAAGUUCUGAAACAAAUUUACAUUUCAGAAAACAAUUUAACAAGACGCAAAACACUUUUACAAUCUCCGACACAAAUUUACAAGUGGGGAAACACUUUUGCAUGUUCCGAAACAAAUUAACAAAUGAAAAUCAACCGGAAAGGGAAUGUCCCAACUCCGGGGUUGAACCGUAAGUGAUAGCGAAGACCGGCCAAUACGAGUUAUUGUUGUUGUUGAAGUUGAUGGAGUUUAUCGUGACCCAAGAUGGACAGCGAGCGGGUGAUGUUCUGCCCAUUUUGUGGGGAGCACAUGAGCCGCUUAACGCGGUUUUUCGUGUGGUCGGUCUUUGGAGUUUUUAAGUGGGGCAGACAAAACGAAUGCACAAGAGACAUCCCAACCACCUGUUAAUGCUAAACAGGGAGAAAAAUCGUGUCCAUCAUACAAGCAUUUCCUGGAGUACAGAAGCUCCAAGUCAAAGGAGCGUCAGUCUUGUAACUACGGGCCGAGAGGAAGACCUCGGGCUAAAGAACGAAAACACGUCCAGAUAAACAUUGGGUUGAUGGUGCCAAAUAGAGAUGAUGGAACUGAUUUAAAACCUCUAAGAGGGAAAACACUCCCGUUAUUUGUUGACCCAGAGGUCGAAGCACCUGAUCUUCUCAAGCAAGCUGUAAAGAAGAUGAGAACAUUCAACAAAGACAUGCAAGAAGGACCAUAUGUCCUUUUGUAUGCAGACUGCUCAGAGGUGGUCCAUGUGCCUGGGUCGGAAAAGCCGUUCAAACUGGAUGAUUAUAAAAGGGAACUUGGGAGGCCAUACGGCAGGAUCACCUUUUUCAUUUGCCUGGAAACACAUUUUAAAGGAGCAGUGGGUGAUACCUCAGACUCUGAUGGCGAUUCUGAAAUUAUCAUCACAUCAAGGAGCACAGCUGAAUUUAACCGAGCUGACACUGUGGUUUUUGAACCACGAAACCAAAGUACUCCCAAACACAAAGCUGAAGAUGAAAGAGAUCCACCAGGACAUUCAGCAACAAUUCAGCCUGGACAGAUACUAUUAUCUGAUACUGAGGAUAUGGAUCCACCUGAAAGUAAUCCAGCCAAGUUAUCUUGCUACGGUAAAUACACAGACCUGUAUGCACCAAGUGUUGAGGAAGAGGACGAGGAGCUGGUUGCAGUCAGUGUGGAGAAUCUCCAACACACAGCAGUGGAGGAGAUGAACAUCACACUACCUGAUGUUGUGGCAAACCUGUCACUUCCUAUUGAUCACACAAAGGUCAGCAGGUUCAACAUCUCAAGGGCUAAUGUUUGGGAUGGAGCUGUCAGAGGCUUCAAGCGUACAACAUACUCUGAAACCUGUGACCUGCUGGUCAGAUUUACUGAUGAUGCUGGUGUUUUUGAGGAGGGAAUUGACACAGGUGGUCCAAGAAGAGAAUUUUUAACUCUGCUAAUGAAACACCUGAAAGACCGGCCCAUUUUUGAUGGACCAGAAGGACAUCGGUUCUUGGUCUACAAUGCAAAUGCUGUUAGGGAGGAUGAAUACUUCCUGGCAGGAAAGAUGAUUGCAGUGUCGGUUGUACAUGGAGGUCCAGGACCCCAUUUCCUGUCAGAAGAUCUUGUACAUUAUCUUGCCGGCCAGCCUUCGUUCAAAGCAACAGUUAAUUUAAUAACUGAUGAAGAAAUAGGGAAAGCUUUGCAAGAGAUUGAGAAUGCUGCUUCAUUGGAUGCUCUGCAGGAAUGUAUCAUGAGACACAGCACAAUGUUACAGACAGCGGGCUGUCUGAGACAUGUGGCUGCUGUGGGGGAGAAGAAAGAAGUUGUGGCAGACUACCUCCGAUGGUAUAUUAUUGACCGCAACUCAUCUGUAAUUGACAGAUUCAGAGAUGGUCUUUCAGCCCUUCAGUUUCUUACUGCACUACGGCAACACCCUUCUUUGCUGACCCCUGUCCUGUGCCACUCUGCAAAGCGACUCACUGGCUUGGAACUUGAGAGACUCUUCAAACCUGACCUCAGUCCUUCAGGGAGUAACAGGAGUCUAAAAGAAAGUCAAACUUUGGCCUACUGGGCAGACUACCUCCUUGACUGUGAAGAAGGUGAGACUGCUGUGUCUGUGGAGGAUGUUUUGAUGUUUGCAACUGGGCUGACAUCACUUCCCCCUUCUGGCUUGGAACCAUUGCCACAAAUAUGGUUCCUGGAUGACUCUCCAUUCCCGAUGGCAAAUACAUGCUCAAACUUGCUGAAAUUGCCACUCCUGGAUUCAUACAGUGUGUUUAAGUCACAAAUGGACUUUGGAAUUCAAAAUAGUCCAGGAUUUGGCUGUUUUUAAACAAUAUGACUGGUUGAACUCUAGAGCUUAGACUCUAAAAAUGUUUUGUUCUAAACAUGCUGUUGUUGUUCAUGCACUUAAAGGUGCGGUUAGGUCUCAGUCAAUUGUUUUAGAUCCAUGAUUUUAAACUGUGGUUGUUUAUGAACCACUGUUUUAUUCAUUUAUUCAGAUUCAUUUUAGAAUGAGAAAAAAAAUCCAAAAAGAUUUCAGGAGAUUUUGUUCUAUAUGUAAAAUGUAAUAAGAGGUUAUUACUUUGCUGUGUUUUUUUAUUCAUCUAUUUCCCACAUUGAAUUGAUGAAGCCAUAGGUGGCAAACUCUGACACUUUUGUGUACAUGUUGCACCAUUACAAUAAAUGUCUCUUCCAUUCAUA